AUGGCAUUGCCUCCGAAGUGGUAUCAGUUCCUCGUUUCAGUCUUUGCCUCGUUGGGCUCUGUACUCUACGGUUAUGAUCUCGGUGUUAUUGCUGGAGCCAUCGGCUCCAAGUCCUUCAACAACGAAUUCAAUCCUAAUUCAAACGAGACUGGUGCUGUCGUCAGUGUGUUUACUGGUGGUGCUUUCUUUGGUGCUUUCUUCGCCGGACCAUGCGGUGACAAGCUCGGUAGAAAGAUGACUAUCCUGAUCGGUUCGAUUGUCUUCGUAGUUGGUGGAGCCCUCCAAACUGCUGCUCAGAAUCUGCACUACCUCUAUGCUGGCCGUGCCAUCGCUGGUNNCUUGGCCUAUGGUUGCUACACCUCAUAUGGAGACCACGACAGCAGACAAUGGAGAAUCCCUCUGGGUAUUCAAAUGCUUCCUGCCGUGCUUCUCGGUGCUCUGAUCUUGUUCUUCCCCGAGUCUCCCAGAACUGAGAAGGGUCUUCAAACUCUCGCCAGACUACACUCUCACGGCAACACCCAAGACGCCUGGGUUGUCGCCGAAUUCGAAUCCAUUCAAGAUGCCGUCACUUACGAGAAAGAGCACGAAGCAAAGUCCUACAUGGAACUUUUCACAAACAAGUCAAGCUUCCGUCGCUUGUUUAUCGCUGUUGCUCUCCAGGCUUCCGUUCAGAUGACUGGUGUAUCGGUUAUCCAGUAUUACUCUGUUGAGAUCUUUGCUCAGAUUGGUAUCUCUGGAGACGACACUCUGAAGUACCAGGCCAUCUCUUCUCUUAUUGCUCUUCUGGCACAGUUCUGCUGUUUGAUGCUUAUCGACAAGUUCGGUCGUAGAUGGCCUCUCAUCCUCGGUAACAUUGGCAACNNGCUCUUUUGCUUCAUCGUGGCAACUGUUCUGCUCGCAAAGUUCCCUCCAGAUGCCAAUGAUCCUUCAAAGUCGAACAAGGGUGCUGGUUGGGGCUUCAUCGUCGUCGGCUGCUGGCUAUACAACUUCUCCUUCUCGGCCACAUGUGGUCCCUUGAGUUGGAUCAUCCCUGCCGAGAUCUUCGACACCAGAACCCGUUCCAAGGGUGUCUCGAUCGCCACCAUGGUUUCAUUCGCUUUCAACACCAUGAUCGGCCAGACCACAUCUGUUGCUAUUGACGCCAUUGGUUGGAGGUGGUACAUUGUCUUUAUCGUCUGCAACUUCACCAAUGCCCUCUUCUUCUGGGCCAUUCUGCCUGAGACUGCCGGUCGUCCACUGGAAGAGAUGAACUAUCUCUUUACCCAAGCGCCUCUGUUUGUGCCUGGAACUGCCGCUGCUGGUCGCAAGGGCUUUGCCACCGGCGAGCUCGAGAGACGUGUCGAGGAGGUCGAGAGAAAGGGGUCGAUUACCAUUCAUCAGGAGGAGAGGACUACCGUUUAA